AUGGAAAGCACAGGGGGAGCGAGACCAACGUCGACGGUGCAGGAGCUCGCCGGCGCCCACGGCAAGCCCGACGUGCCGGCCCGGUACGUCUCACGCAGUCACCACGAAAACGGCCAGCACCCCACCGCGGCGCCGGUCCCUGUCAUCGACAUCGGCCGCCUUUUCAAGCAGGAGGGCGCCGCCGCAGCUGACGGCGAAGAGGCGAAGCUCCGGCAGGCGCUCGAGUCGUGGGGCCUCUUCCUGGGGUACGGGACCGACCGGGUGAGCUCGGCGGAGCAGAUCCUCGACUGGUCCGACCGCCUCUACCUCAGGGUGGAGCCCGAAGACGAGCGCAGCCUCGCCCUCUGGCCAGCGCAUCCUCAAACCUUCAUGAAUCUUCUGCACGAGUUCACCACGAAAUGUAGGGUGGUGAAGGAUGGACUGGUCCAGGCAAUGGCGAGGCUGCUGGGGCUCGACGACGACUAUAUAAUGGACCAGUUUGGGGAGAAGGCUGACACUUACGCUAGAUUCAGCUACUACCCGGAGUGCCCGAGGCCGGAGCUUGUGUUCGGCCUGAAGCCCCACUCCGAUGGGAGCGUUCUUACCGUGCUCAUGGUCGAUGACACCAUUGGUGGGCUCCAGAUUUUGAGAGAUGGUGUCUGGUUCGAUGUACCAAUUGUUCCUCACACCCUGCUGAUCAACAUAGGAGACCAAACUGAGGAGCUGGCCGGCGCCCUCGCCGCGCCCGUCGUGCCGGCCCGGUACGUCGUGCGCGGACAACACGACCACGACCAGCAGCCUGCGACGGCGGUAGUGGCGCCAAUCCCUGUCAUCGACCUCGGCCGCCUUUUCAAGCUGGACGACACCACCGCUUCUGCCGAGGAGGCAGCGAAGCUCCGGCUGGCGCUUGAGUCGUGGGGUCUCUUCCUGGUGACUAACCACGGCGUAGAUGCCGCCGUGAUGGAUGGCAUGAUGGCCGCUUCGAGGGAGUUCUUUCAGCGGCCACCGGAAGAGAAGCAGAGAUACACCAACCUGAUCGGCGGCGAGCGGUUCCAGCUCGAGGGGUACGGGACCGACCAGGUGAGCUCGCCGGACCAGAUCCUAGACUGGUCCGACCGCCUCUUCCUCAAGGUGGAGCCGGAGGACGAACGGAGCCUCGCCCUCUGGCCGGCGCACCCCGAAACCUUCAGGUGA